CAAAGCCACACCCAUUCGAGACAAACUCGAGUCGCAGAGAUGUUGAAAAUGAUGGGCAAGACAUCUUUUUCUUCUUCUUCUUAUUCUUAUUGCAGAAGCACCAGAGGUAUGCUGUUUCUUCACACUACUCCUAUUGUUGCUUUGUUUCCUUCUAAAUCAUCGAACUCAACCAAAUCUAGACAAACCCAGCGAGGAAAGCCCAGAGUGGGUAAUGUUGAGCAUGCCUUGAAGGUGUUCGAUGAAAUGCUUCACUCGCGUCCCCUGCCUUCUGCUAUCCGCUUCACUCAGAUCUUGACUCAACUUGCUAGACUGAAACAUUAUUCGGCAGUCAUCUCUUUGAAUAGAGAAAUGAGUCUGCUAGGAAUCGCUUCUAAUGUUUAUACUCUAACCAUUAUCAUCAAUUGCUACUGUCAUUUGAACCAAAUGGGGUAUGCCCUGUCUGUCUUGGGCCAAUUCUUCAAAUCGGGUCUUCAACCAGAUGUUGCAACCUUCACCACUCUAAUCCACGGCUUUGUUCUCCAAAAUAGAGUGGCUGAGGCAGCACGACUUUUCAGCAAAAUGUUGGGGAGAGGUCAUUGUCAGCCCAAUGUGUUUACUUUCAACACACUAAUAAAGGGCUUUUGCAUGAUUGGAAACAACAGUGCAGCUAUGGAGUUACUUAGGAAGAUGGAAGAAAGAGGAUGCCAGCCUGACACAGUUACCUAUAACACCAUUAUCGACAGUCUUUGUAAGGAUACACUAGUUGAUCAAGCAUUGAACCUAUUCACAGAAAUGAUUGGUAGAGGUAUUGCUCCAUCUGUUGUUACUUACAAUUCUUUGAUUGACGGAGUCUGCAGACUAGGCAAGUGGAAAGAAGCUAAAAGGCUGUUGAAUGAAAUGGUGAGUAAAAAUAUCUUUCCGAAUGUACGCACCUUCACUGUCUUGGUUGACGCACUUUGUAAGGAAGGGAUGGUCGCGGAAGCCAAAAGUGUGGUUGAGAUGAUGAUUCAAAGAGGAAUUGAGCCUGAUAUGGUUACAUACAGUUCCCUUAUGGACGGUUACUGUUUGUGAGGAGAAAUGGACGAGGCAAGACAAGUUUUUGAUCUUAUGAUUAGCAAGGGCUCCAUGGUUGAUGUUCAAAGUUGUAGCAUAUUGAUUAACGGAUAUUGCAAGGGUAAAAAGAUCGAUCAGGCUAACAAGAUUUUCAAGGAAAUGCGUCGUAUGGAACUUGUUCCUAAUACCGUUACUUAUACAACUCUUAUUGAUGGUUUUUGCAAAGUGGGGAGGAUAAAAGAAGCAGAAAAACUGUUCUCUCAUAUGCAAGGCUGUGGCCAAUAUCCAAGUGUUCAAACUUAUGCUGUUUUACUUGAUGCCCUAUGUAGCAACCAGCAACUUCACAAGGCAAUAGAAUUGCUUAGAGAGAUGAAAGACAAGAAAUUGGAACUAGAUAUUGUAGUUUACACUACUAUCAUUGAAGGUUUGUGCAAAGCUGGGAAAAUGGAUUCUGCAGUAGAGGUCUUCUCUGGUUUGUCAUCUAAAGGAGUACAGCCUAAUGUGAGGACAUACAAUAUAAUGAUUCAUGGAUUUUGUAAAGGGGGUUUAUUAAGUGAAGCGGAAAAGUUGCUGAGAGAAAUGGGAGAGAAAGGCUGCUCUCCAGAUGGUUGGACCUAUAACAUCAUUAUCCGAGGGUUGUUAAAUAACAAGAAGGCAUCAAUGGCUAUGAGACUUAUUCAAGAAAUGGUGGAGUCGGGUUUCUCAGCAGAUGCAUCAUCUAUGGAAUUGAUAGUUGGUUUAUUGUCUAAGGAUAUAGUAGAUCCGGCUUUGUUGCCGUUGUUAAAAGAUUCAUGAUAAAGUUGAUUUGAAUGUUUGAAACAGAACUUUCUUAGUUUGAGGAGGAAAUGUGAGAGUUCUGCACCUUUUAAAACCUUGGAUCUAACUGUACACGUUAUCUAUUAAUUCAUCAUUUGAACACCUAAUGUC